AUGACAAGUCCAGAAAAACUUCGACACUUUGGUUUUUCUAAAGAAAAAAAAACUGCUCAUGGCUUAUUGCAUUUCUGGAAGUUCUUUGGUGGUAAUCUGUUGAGUGGUGGUGCAGCAGGUGCAACAUCGCUAUGCUUUGUUUAUCCGCUGGAUUUUGCGCGGACGCGGCUUGCCGUUGACGUUGGAAAAGGUGCAACCCGGGAAUUCCAUGGAUUGGUGGAUUGUUUGGUGAAAGUGCUGAAAAGCGAUGGACCAAUCGGAUGGUAUCGGGGUUUCAUGGUCUCCGUUCAAGGGAUCAUCGUGUAUCGUGCAGCAUAUUUCGGUCUCUUCGAUACAAUCAAAAUGAUGGUUGCAUCGGAGGAAAAGAAGCUCAACUUCUUCUUUGCCUGGAUGCUUGCUCAGUCCGGACGCAAAGAGAUGCUUUACAAGAACACCUGGGAUUGUGCGAAGAAGAUUGUCGCCAAUGAAGGACUGGCGGCAAUGUAUAAAGGUGCUCUAUCGAAUGUUUUCCGUGGUACAGGUGGUGCUUUGGUGCUAGCGAUUUACGAUGAAAUCCAGAAAUUCCUCUAA